AUGCAACUCAACCUCCUGUUCGUUCUUCUUGCUACUCUUAUUGGCCUAGCCAGCGCCCAAUGGGGAGGUUACGGUGGAUACGGUGGAGGAUAUGGAGGAUAUGGACCUCGUCCAUGGGGACCAAGACCGUGGGGACCACGACCAUGGGGACCAAGACCAACUGUGAUUGAGAAGACAGUCAUUAUCCGGCAAGGCCCAUGGGCUCACAAGGUCUAA